GAAAACAAGAUAAUUAACGUUAGCUGCUAAUCCUAGUAGCUAGUUUCAGAAACUCUGAGACCAGGCUAUCCAUAAAGAUUACCAACUAGUGACACAGCUGACCAGGUAGAUGUGUGGAUUACACGCAUGCUAAUACAGGCGUGCUCAUAUGAUCUGUAUAUUUACCAAGAUAGCUUGCUAUCGUGGUAGAUACCGACCUAGUUGCGACACAUCGCACCUGAAACAAAAAGCCCACAGGUCCAGACAGACUAAGCUCUUAUACAUGUAGAUUACUUAGCGGACGUAACGACUGUAAAACGAACUAGUUUGUUAGCCAUCUUAUAACUAAAGUUAUGCAUCGUCACACCAGCUGACAUUACAUAGGGAGUAAGCGAGAUAACAGUCGUUUGUAGCUUCGGACUCUAAAUGUAUUGCAACAUAGCUGGCUAACUAGCUAACGUUAGCUACAUUUCCGACCGGGGCCCUUGACAAUUUUAUGUUGUCGAUUAACGUUUCUUUAGAUAGACUUGAGAAAUCGACCUCAGUAAAGCUUCGGGUGAGGAACCAAAAUAUUUAACUACCUAAAACAUAGCUAGUUAAACUAGUAACGUUAGUAGCUACUGUAACCGAAGUGGUGAUAUGCGUCUCUAACUUGCUAAUUAACGUUAGCUGAGCACGACUGUAGUGUUAGCUAACGUUAGUUAUAGCUAGAGAAGGGCCUUUUAAAAUCGUUGACGAAGCCUUAAUGACUUGCUUACUAACGAAGUUUCAUGGAUAAAUGAAUUGUGCCAUUUCCACAUGCUACAUUUUUAGCCAACUAGUUAACGUUAGCUACUAAGCCGUAGACUAGUCCACUUCGGCUUCACACGUGGGCUGGGCUAAUCGCAAAUUGGCAAACUCUAGCGAGUAGCCUCAGCGCGGUGCUAUCGACCUAGACAGUAUAUUUUGAGAGCUUACCUCGGACUGUUUCCUGAUGUCGUUGUCAGGGCUCAUCAGGUUGCCCAGCAAGAUGUAGAACUGCUGCUGCUCCGCCAUUGCAGUGAGAUCCAGAAAACGCUCAGCCAAGAGAGACCGCGGAAAGGAAAGCCGGCAGACGUUGCGACCCCUUGCACCGGACACAAAACACCCCAGGUCCUGAUUGGCCUCUAUUAUCAACGCUACCCUUCGUAGAUUGGUUAGAUAUAUAGGGAUACACGUAGUUGAUAGGUGUUUGGUAUAUGUGUUGUUCUUAUUGGACAGUGAAAAUCCAACCACGAAGCGAUUGGUGAAAUUUCUCGGCGCACCCGCCUGUAAAAUUAAAUGGGCGUUUCUCUCGUUAUUUCGAUGAUGUCAUUACAAAAUAUUACAAAAGCGCGGGAAAUUAACACAUUGUGGGAAAAUAGCAGAUAGAAAGUCUUUGAGCGCAGUGAACAGGGUUGCGGCUAGAUGGGAUACAGUUUACGUGAAAAUGACCACAAAAGUGGAUAAUUAUUUUGCAUUUUAGCCAGUGGUGGAAAAUGUACGCAGUUUUCAUUAUUGAGUCAAAUUAAAGAUACCUUAAUAGGAAAUUACUCAAGUUAAAGUGAAAGUCACCCAGUAAAAUACUACUUGAGAAAAAGUCUAAAAGUAUUUGGUUUGGAAUAUACUUAAGUAUCAAAAAUAAAUGUAAUUUCAGAAAUGUACUAAAGUAUCAAAAGUAAAAGUGUAAAUCAUUUCAAAUGUCUUAUAUUAAGCAAAUUAUGGAACAAUUGUUCGUGUUUUUUUUAAUUUACGGAUAGCCAGGGGCAGACUCCCAACACUCAGACAUUCAGAAACAAACCAAGGGAUGUUCUCUUGAUAAGUGUGUGAAUUGGACCAUUUCUGUCCUGCUUCAAAAUGUAACGAGUACUUUUGGGUGUCAGGGAAAAUGUAUGGAGUAAAAAGUACAUACUUUUCUUUAGGAAUGUAGUGAAGUAAAAGUUGUCAUAAAUAGUAAAGUACAGAUACCCCAAAAAACUACUUAAGUAGUACUUUAAAGUAAUUUUACUUAAGUACUUUACACCACUGAUUUUAGCUAACCUUAAACAUUUUCAGAACCUUAGCCUAAUUCUUAUUUUAAUUAAAUUUUUAAUUUUACCUUUAUAACUAGGCAAGUCAGUUAAGAACAAAUUCAUAUUUUAUUAUUUUUAUAAUCCUUUAUUAUCCUGACUUGCUGCGUAAAUUCUCCUAAUUUACUACGAAAAUCCCCUUCUGGUCAAUUCUGACAAACCGUUUCCCUUUUAGUCAAAACGAGUGAACAGUAAGCACGUAUUAUCUGCCACACCAAAAUACAUAACAGUAUUAGCAUACUGUGUGUAGCCUAAUAAGGCGAUGUGUUUAUGUUGCCAUCAAUUCAGAAAAAAUGAAUGUGAGACUUUUUCAUUGUUCACAUAGUUGGCAAGGCUAUGCAGUUUCUGUAGCCGGCGGCCGCUUAAAAUGCAGUUUCUGUUAGCCGGCGGCCGCCUAAAAUGGGGUAGCUUGCUCUGACAAAUGUGACUGAUGCAAAAGCAGCCAACAAUCUGUGGUUCCAUUUUUGUCCAGUCCACUGUUGUAGGCUACUACUAAAACUAUAAUAAACUAUCUCUGGCUACACUAUGGACUAUCACUUCCAAAAUAACAUUUUGAUGUAAUAUCACAUCAGGGCAAUAAAGGGACGGUUAAAGAUAGGGAAUCAUAGCAUACACGUUUGCUUAUAAAUAUUUCCAUCUGCAUUGCUUAAUGUAUCUACAUUUCUAAGCUACCCAAAUAACUUUGCCUGAUAAGCAACAAAAAAUUGUACCGGAAGUGAUAUUCACGUGUCAACCUGGCUCGUUCCGUUCCUAUCGUUGCGGAGGAGGAGCUGUGCGUGGUGAAGUUGCCUGAAACGAUAGAAGAGCAUAUGCCAUAGCAUGUGUUUAUAGUAGAGCUAUUUGCAUAUAGUUUUACUAAAUGAAUUACCGUGGUCUGAUUUGACGAGAUGACACAAAACUGCAGACCCCUCAAGCGCCCUGGUGUCGGAGUAGGGGUUCUGGUCACAGAUUCAGCUCACUCCAACUGCGUCCUCGUAGGAAAGCGAAAAAGUGCAAUGGGCAAAGGAACGUAUCAGCUACCUGGCGGUCAUCUAGAAUUUGGAGAGACCUGGGAAGAAUGCGCACACAGGGAGGUGAUGGAAGAGGCAGGAGUGCGCCUGAAAGAAGUAAGGUUCGCAUCCGUGGUGAACUCCAUCAAGCUCGAUGAGCAGUACCACUACAUCACCAUCAUCAUGCAAGGAGAAGUGGACAGGAGCUACCCAGCAGAGCCAGUCAAUCUCGAACCAGAGAAAAACGAAGGUUGGACAUGGACACGGUGGGACCAGUUUCCUCAAGAGGACCAACUCUUCCUGCCUCUGGCCUGCCUGAGACAACAGGGCUUCCAGCCCUUCAACACCACAUAACACUGCAGCUACCCAGAAACAGAGAAGAGAGGGGCGAAACACAGGGAUAGAAGACACAUACAUUAGAACUGCUUUGUAGGACCUAAUGAAGUCAGGCAGUUGGGUAUACAUGGUAACGGUUGAACUAAUGUUGAUCAGCACCUUUGGUUGGGUAAACAUGGCAACGGUUGCUGGACUUAUGAGGGGACAACUCAUGGAUCUAACAGAAGGAAGUUAUGACAACAAAUCAUUACGGUUUGAGUGUAUUUAUAUCAAUGAAAUGUUAAUGCAAAGCACACUGUACUACAAAUAACCUGUAUGUGUUUUGUCAAUAUUAAAAGUAACAUAAGAAGUAGAUGAUAAUUUAACAGUUUUGCAGUAGAGUUUUAAAGACACAAGUAGCAUACCACACUUGACAAAAUAAGUGGGUUUCAUCUGACUCCUGCAGUCCUCCGAGUCUACAGCAAGAUGGCACUAGAGACCCAGGCUGCCAGCAGUGUGGUCCACAGUGUUGCCGUGACGGUGGCAGCAUAGCUGUAGAAGGCCUUGUCGUGUGUGUAGGUGAUGAUGUGUUGUGCUCCGGCGUAGGCCUCCUCACAGGUGGGCUGGAUCUGGUCCUCUGGGAGCUCGAAGCCGUGUUCGCCCUUGUCCCUGAGCUCAAAGGUGAAAGACAACGGGAUGCCGAUCAGCCUGGCGAAGUCCUGAGACGAACCCAAGAAGGGAUCUGGAGACAGAGAGAGUUUUAUAGGCCAGUAGUUGUAUAGUCUCUUCCCAUUGGAUUGCCAUGUGUCCGAGUAUAGAUGUGGGUCUUGAUAAAAUGGGAUUAACCAGGCAUUGCUCACUUCAGUGUUUGGUGACUCGUUGUCUUCCCUCAGCCUUACUUACACAGGAUAUCAGGUGAGGUGCCUACAGUGUAGUCCAUCCCAUGGACAGCCUUUAUAGCCAUGGCUGCUCCCAGACCCACCUCCAUCUGGCAACACAGAGACAUACUGCAGGUUAAUAUGGUCAGAAAACACGUGCACCCCUGUUGAUCCCCAUUUUAAAACACUGGUCUAUUACAACACAACUUAUUUUGGGGGGCGGGCGUACCAGCUCAUCAUGGUUGGGUGCUGAAGUGUUGGGAUGUCCGUAGGGCACCAGGAGCUGCUGGCCAUAGGAGUGGAUGGUGAGGAAAGCCAGAAUAUCUUCUCUCAUUUUCCCCAACAUGUCUGUGACGGCCCAGGCCUCAGACUCAGAGAGAGCCUUGGUGCCGCAGUAGAACAGAUUGCAGCAGUCUGUCGAGACACCAACCACUGCACAGACAGGAGAGGAAAACACAGGAUGUGUGUGUGUUGGGGUUGGGGUCAAUUCAGGAAGUAAACCAAAUUCCAAAUGUUCCUCAUUGAAAAGCAUUGAGAAUUGGAAUUUCAGUGUACUAUCUGAAUUCAAUGGAAUUGACCCCAACCUUGGUAUGUGUGAGUGAGUGUGGUUUAGAGUAAGAACCAUACUCACUGCCCCAGUUAGCGUAGAAGUUACGAUUGAGGUCUGUUCCAUAGCAGGUACAGCCUCCUGUUCCUGGAGAUCUGGACUUCCUCCACAGUCGAGUCUACAGAGAUAAGAACCACUAGUCACUAACUGGAAUGAUAAUACUGUCAUCAAUAAUAUUUCUGUUACAAUAUGUCAUCUAAGCCAAUAGAUGGCACUCUUGUUACUUGUAAGGUCUACUCAUAUAUUGUACCAGCAUGUCUAGGUCUAUUGUGAACUAUGUACUAUACUGAUAACACCUGGCAGAGAUGUGAUGCAAUUAAAGACACAAUUUGUCAUAUUUCCAGUA